UUGAAUAAUCAGUGUUACGAAUGUUGCAUUACAGACACUUUAAAAUUGAUGAUCAUAUAAUAAUGAUUCAUUUUAAAUUUAUAAACGACAUCAAGGCUCAAGCAUAUCGUGUUUUGCUUUUCAGAUAUAGAGCUAACUCGCCGCGUGCAUACCCCAGUAGGCUGAUAUGUUUUUAUGUAGGAAAAGAAAAUCUCAGAGACUUGAAUUUAAAGAAAUGGAAGUUAAAAAGAUGGACACUAUACAGUAUGGUCCACUGGGAUAUUUUGAUUUAAUCCCUGUAGAAGUCAUCUUUAAAAUAUUUGGAGUGAUGUCAGUGGAAGAUCUAAGCUUGUUAAUAAUCACAUCAAAAGCAAUGCGGAACCUAGCAGAACUGUACAGAAUGACACAGGAGUCAAUCAAUAGGCUAUCCAUUCCUAGGGAGAGUAUAGAUAUCACACACUCGCAGGAGUAUUACGUCAAACAUUUCCGGAGUUUAGGUCUUCUCAUGAAGCGAUCCACGUGUCUCUACAGCACGAGAGAUAGACUCAAAACGUGUGAAAUAUUUCUAAGGAGGCUCGACCAGAUUCGGCUGGAGGUGUGCAGCAGACAUGGCAAGGGCGCGGGUCUCUUCUGCUAUGGCAAGUUCAUCAGCACCAUGCUGACGGGCUGGGAUGACCACGAGUGCCAGCGCGCGUUCCGAUCCAUCCAGGUCUCGUCCGACCUCGUCAAGAACAUGGACAUCACGCUCAAGUCCUCGUACGGGCAGUUCCCGCGGACAGAGAUGAACCUACGGCUGUUCCUGCGCAAGGUGUUCCUCGACCAGUACGAGAAGCAGGCGGACCGCGCGUUCUGGCUCAGCCUCAUGCUCAAGCCGUGGCCCAUAGUGAACCAGGCAAAGCUGCUCUACCUUCUCUAUGGUCCCGUCUGCAACGAGGAGGUGAUGUGGGACGUACUGAGCUUCAACACGCCGGCGACGCUCGACCAGUCGACGCGUUACCUGCACGCGCUCGCCGAAGCCAUUCGCACGAUGCACACGCACAACAAGCAGUGGAGCGAGGAUGACGUCAUCAGCAUCGUGGACGAGCUAACGAGUACGUGCAUGGAGUGGCUGGCGGAGAACCUUGCUAACCUGCUGCUGUUCUGCGGCACGACGAUCACGGUCAAGUUCAUGGGCAGCAAGGCCAUCAACGGCCGCAUGUGCGAGCUGGGAAACCUCGUGGCUUCAUUCUGCGUGGUGAUCACAAAGUUCCGCUACUCGACGUCGUGGCUCGUUAACGUCAUCCAGCAGGUGCUGGCCAUCAUCGACAGCCCCAAGGAACGCGUCAACUUCCUCAACCACAUCAGCACCACCUUCAAGGACGUGCUGGCAGAGGUCGCUGAGAUCAGAGACGAUAGCCAGGGCGAGUCGGACUUCAUGCUAGUUCUAGAUGCACAGGUGGAAUUCAGCAAGGAGAUCCUCAGCCUUGCCUUCAAGAACAUGAUAGCCCAGUAGCGUGCCACGUACUGCCUGCAGGUCACCACUUGACAACCACAGUGUGCCAAAUGCUGCUCGCGUGUGGCAA